GAGGCCCUGCCUCCCUCCCUUCUUCCCUCCUCCUCCCGGCAGGUUGGAGCGGGGACCGGCGGCGGCCCGGGACGCAGGGAGGGGACCUGUGCCGACACCGAGGGAGGGGCCGCGCCGCCUUGGAGAGUCAUUGGAGGACGCGGCCGCCCGAAGCUGAUAAAUCGGGGGCCGGGUCGCGGCUGCGGGCCAAGUUGGACGCCCCGACCCGUGCGAGGGCCAGGUCCGCGCCGGCCCCGCCGAGCUAAGCGAGGCGACCCGCGUGCGGCCAUGGCCUCGCUGCUGGGAACCUACCCUUGGCCCGAGGGGCUCGAGUGCCCGGCCCUGGACGCCGAGCUGUCGGAUGGACAGUCGCCGCCCGCCGCCCCUCGGCCCCCGGGGGACAAGGGCUCCGAGAGCCGUAUCCGGCGGCCCAUGAACGCCUUCAUGGUUUGGGCCAAGGACGAGAGGAAACGGCUGGCGGUGCAGAACCCGGACCUGCACAACGCCGAGCUCAGCAAGAUGCUGGGAAAGUCGUGGAAGGCACUGACGCUGUCUCAGAAGAGGCCGUACGUGGACGAGGCGGAGCGGCUGCGCCUGCAGCACAUGCAGGACUACCCCAACUACAAGUACCGGCCGCGCAGAAAGAAGCAGGCCAAGCGGCUGUGCAAGCGCGUGGACCCCGGCUUCCUCCUGAGCUCCCUCUCCCGGGACCAGAACGCCCUGCCGGAGAAGAGAAGCGGCAGCCGGGGGGCGCUGGGGGAGAAGGAGGACAGGGGUGAGUACUCCCCCGGCACUGCCCUGCCCAGCCUCCGGGGCUGCUACCAUGAGGGGCCGGCUGGUGGUGGCGGCGGCGGCACCCCGAGCAGUGUGGACACGUACCCGUACGGGCUGCCCACACCUCCUGAAAUGUCUCCCCUGGACGUGCUGGAGUCGGAGCAGACCUUCUUCUCCUCCCCCUGCCAGGAGGAGCAUGGCCACCCCCGCCGCAUCCCCCAUCUGCCAGGGCCCCCGUACUCACCGGAGUACGCCCCCAGCCCUCUCCACUGUAGCCACUCUCUGGGCUCCUUGGCCCUUGGCCAGUCCCCCGGCGUCUCCAUGAUGUCCCCUGUACCCGGCUGUCCCCCAUCUCCUGCCUAUUACUCCCCGGCCACCUACCACCCUCUCCACUCCAACCUCCAAGCCCACCUGGGCCAGCUCUCCCCGCCUCCUGAGCACCCUGGCUUCGAUGCCCUGGAUCAACUGAGUCAGGUGGAACUCCUGGGGGACAUGGAUCGCAAUGAAUUCGACCAGUAUUUGAACACUCCUGGCCACCCAGACUCUGCCACAGGGGCCGUGGCCCUCAGUGGGCAUGUCCCCGUCUCCCAGAUGACACCAACGGGCACCACAGAGACCAGCCUCAUCUCUGUCCUGGCUGAUGCCACGGCCACCUACUACAACAGCUACAGUGUGUCAUAGAGCUGGAGGCGCCGCGUCCAGCCAGCCCUCACACCCUCUCCUUCCUGUGCCCUGAGGGGCGGGGGGAGCCGUGCAGCCACACUAGCUUUCCUCCCACCACUCAGGGCAGGAAGGUCUGAACUGUGGCCCCAGAGCCUUUGGCCUAAGCUGGACUCUGCUUAUCCGAGUGCCGCCUCCAUCCCCUUCCCCACAUUCCAGCCCCUGCAGCCUGCAUUUGAAGUAUAUUCCUUCAAGUGAGUUUUCCUCCAGCCCCCGAGAGUUGCUGUCUCCCAGUAGAAUAUGCACCGACCUCUUUUCUUUGUAGCCGUCGUCGAAACUAAUGGUGGGACAGACUUGAUGGCCAAGGUCCCUUCUGGUCCACAGUUUUCUGAUUUAGGGUUCUCUCAAGGUUAAUAAAGGAAGAUGGGGAAAUUUGACUCAUUAAUGAGCUCACUAACCUACGAUCUGGUAAUAAUUUUGUGUGCACAGCCCAAGGACCACGAGGCUUUCUGCACUUUCUGCACUCCUUUCCAAAAUGACCACAAAAUUCCAAAGGGACUCACAAUUUGAGAAAAAACAAUCAACCUGAUUUGAGAUAUUAACCAGUGUGGCUACCUAUAUUACACAAAAUGGGAUUUAGUUAAAACUAUUUUAUUUUAAAUAUACAUUUUAAAGCACUUCUCUCUCUCUCUCUCUCUCUCUCUCUCUCUCUCUCUCUCUCUCUCUCUCUCUCUCUCUCAUACACACACUUCAAGAGAAUAUGCACAGUCUAGGCCGGGCACGGUGGCUCACGCCUGUACUCCCAGCACUUUGGGAGGCUGCGGCGUGUGGAUUACCUGAGGUCAGGAGUUCAAGACCAGCCUGGA